AUGUCGUUGGACCCAAGAAACCUGUCCAUCGCCUCAGCCCGGCCCACGCCAUCUGAGCUCAUCCCUUAUCGCCCUCACCCUCCUAGAGCCAUAGAUGCUCUUCACUACGUGUUUGACAAGAGAAAGACUUCAUUUCCUCGAGAACUCACUAUGGCCCUCCCCGAAGACGUCCAUCAUGCCGCUAACAUCGUCCGCCAUAAAGCAGACGCGGCACUCAAGGGUUUCCUCUACCUCGAAAAGAAGCACAAGGAGCGCUUCUACUAUCUCUGCCCACUCAAGCCAUCUAUUCGCGCCAUUCGACACAUCAACUCAAUCGACAGACUCUUUUCUUGGAAAACCAGAAAGGACUUCACUGCUGUCUCGGCCAAAAUUCCUACCUGCGUCGUGAGCUUCCAUGUCGAAGAAGCGGCUUAUGCAGAGUUCACCGCUGCCUACAACAAAUUUCGUCAAGGAUACUUAGAGGGACCGUUUCGUACUUGGUUAAACGCGGAUACUUACUUGCGCAACCUGGUCGAUGACUCUGGCAUGCCUAUGUAUACUCGGCUCCAGUUCCUGGAGUGGUGGAACGGGUAUCGAGACGAGAUGCGGAUCUGGGAGGAUAAGGUUGACUCCCUCGUCUUGCCUAGCUGGAAGACUAUUGUUGCUGAGCUGGCGCAUACAAUAGAAGAACGCCUGGAUCUUACCCAGGAAUGGGAACGUUGGGUUUGA